AUGUCUCUUCCCAAUACUGAAGAGGGGUACCUCCCCUAUUUGCUUCUCCUUACCGGCAGUGCGGGAAUCACCCACAGCAUAGUCACCUAUCUCAAGCCAGCUACAUCUCUGACCCAAUUCUCGGGUCCAGCAGCCCCGCCCCGUGAUGCUCUCACUGCGCACCUAUACGGCUUCAAGAACAUCUAUACAUGCCUCAUCCGGCUGUACACCGCUUACCACGUCUCUAAUCCACAACUCUAUGACUUGGCAAUGUGGACCUGGGUGGGAGUCUUUGUGCUUUACAUCAGCGAGCUACUUGUUUUCCGAACGGCGCGUAUGAAGGAGGCGACAUAUCCGUUGGUGCUAUCUACGUUGGCGUUGACCUGGAUGGUUAGCCAGAGGUCGUGGUAUCAAGGUUGA